AGUCGGUAAAGGGUCAACACUCGGCCUUCUGACUUCUGGCUUUUGAAAACAAUGAAUUUAACUCAUGAUCUUUACCACUAACACCGCUUGAGAAGAUAUGCUGUUCCUUGUCAGAACUCUCUGCAGAACAUGCCAGAAGUUCUAUGGCAACUGUGUAGGGUUGCUGAAACAGUCAAGUGUGCAGUAUCGGUGGAACAGUGAGAGUGUGAGUGAAGAGCUGUUUAUUCCGACCACCUUCAACAAGUUGGAGGCCUCGGACAGUGCUCCCAUGGUGAACGGCUACACCACUCAAGGUUUCAUCGUCAACGGCAACACUGUGUACGGAUCAGUAGCUCUACUGCCCAGGGGAAUAUUGAAUUGGAAGGUGACUUCUUGGGAAGACUUAGUUGUGGAACAAUUUGCAUUAUUCUAUUUACUUCAUCCAAAGAUAGAUAUUGUAGUCCUGGGUACUGGGUCUAAAGUGCAACGAGUGAACCUUGAACUUCUUUAUGGCCUUAAGAAGAAAGGACUUAACAUAGAAGUACAAGACACGCCGAACGCUUGUGCUACAUUCAACUUCCUACUGAGUGAAGGGAGGCCAGCUGGAGCGGCUCUGAUACCACCCGAACAUAUAGCAACUUAAAAUUUAGUUCUUUGUAUGCCGGCAGUAAUCGUUAUUAACAGUUUAUUUUAGGGGAAUAUGCCCCCCCCCCUUGGAUUAGUUUGGUCCUUAUUCAAACAUUGUGUCAACAUUAACUGCAUACACAAUUAUUAGUCUUGUUCAAAGUAAAUGUCAAUAAUGCUAUCAAGGUCAUUGUCUGUGAGUUUGUUUGUAUAGCUAUAAUUAUUAAAUGUGAUAGGA